CGGUAUUUCAAGAUCAACCUUGGUAUCUAUUGAAUUUCUAAAUCAUACUGUAUAUUUUGACCAAAAACAAUAGACAAAGAAAAUUAUUUAACUAUCCCAAUCUUUGUUUUGAUUUCACAUUUCACCACUUUUGUUGUUUAUUUAUAGUAAUGAAUGUUUGCACGUGUCAUUUCGAGAAUUUUCAAAUAAAUACAACUAAAUAUAUAUCUUUUGUCGCUUAAAUAUCAUCAAUUUAUUUUUAAUCGAUGAAUGAGACAUAUCGCACAUAACUGCCAAAAAAUAUAAUUAUUGUCAUCGCUUACUUAGAGCAAACUUUUUAUCUCCGACGUCAUCAAAGUUCUGACGUCAGCACCAAAACAAAUCCAAAAAUCAAAAUACGCCCAUCGUUGGAGAAAGUGUCGCAUUCUGUCAAAAACUGAGACUUCUAGUCGUUUAACCCUAAUUUAAGGAGCUUUCAAGGAAAUUGCCGAUACGAAAAAACGAGAAAUCUUGGAAUUGUGGUAUUCUCUCACCUCCCGAUCUUCUCUCGAAAUCGCAGUUGGCCAGGAGAGGGCUCCUAGAACGGUAGUGUUGUUGUGAUCGUGGUGGGCUGAUAUAUUUUGAUUACGUUACCAUGGAAACCACGCUGGAAAACAAAGCCAGGCAUAUGGACGUGCGUUGCAUAUUGUUCGAUCUGGACAACACGCUGAUCCAGACAAGGAAGGGAGAUGCAGAGGCUUGCGACAAGAUAGCGAAUGACCUGAGGAAUCGGUACCAAAUCAGCAAAGACAAAGCCACAUCGAUAUGUACAAGUUUUUUAAAAAACUUCAGACAAUGCCCAGAAAAUACCCUCAUGAAUCUCGACACGUGGAGGACUUUGUUGUGGUCUCAAGCUUUGGGUGAACAGUUUCGACAUGAUGCAGAUAAAAUCUACAAGAAAUGGUUGACUCAACGAUACCAGCAUUUGGCUCUAUCGAAGAAACUCACAAUCUUACUGAAAAAUCUAAGAAAAAAGUACCAAAUCGGCAUAAUAACCAAUGGGACUUCUUCUGCUCAAUGGGAAAAAAUUGACAUGUUGAAUAUAAGAGAUCUGUUUGAUAUCAUAUUAGUUUCAGGCGACCUAGUCUGUGAAAAACCGGACAGAAGAAUAUUCUGGAAGGCCUGCGACGAACUUCACGUCAAUCCCAAACACUGUCUCAUCGUCGGUGACAAAUUAGAAACCGACAUUUUAGGCGGCGUAGAGGCACAAUUGGGCGGCACAGUUUGGGUGCCGCUUAGUCGCCCUUUUACUCUCAAACAGGACGACCCAGUCCCAGAUUACGUCAUCCACGACGUCAUGGAGCUGCGUUGGCUACUUGAUGACGUGGCGGACGCAGAGAAAGGACGGUUUUGUCCCGAGGACGACUGUAACUCAAACGGGAGCGAUUUCAGUUGAUAUUUGGUGUUUAGGGGGGUGGUAGCACACGUUUUUGUAGUAUUAAUGUGUGAAAGUGUUAUAGAAUGAUUGUUUUUCUUAAAUGAACUGGUUCUUGUUGUGAAUAAGGUUGUAUAAUGUUCUGUAAAAUUUGCAGGACACUUUAAAAUGUUUACAAGAAGCCCUUUACUAUCAGAUAUACAGGUUGUUAAUUUGUUUAUUACUCGCGGCAAGAGCUUUAUGGUUGAAAUAUGGCAACCUCUAUAUUAACCGCUAACCACUCGUCGAUAGACGACGCGACGCGCGACGGGACGAGUCGGCAGAACAGUGCAUGCUUUCUCAAUAGACAGUGUUGCCAUUCUGUUCCCCUGUAAGUAACUGUCCAGUUAACAAUCUGUAUAAUAUAAAACUGGCAAUAUGUUUUAGCUCGUUGUAUUGCUGGUUGUAUAUCCUCAUUAAAAAAGUAUUGUUUGAUGUGAAUUUUAUUGAUCUAAGAUUAUACCGGGUGGUACGUCGUCGUUGGAAAUAUAAAAAAAUCCCAUGCAAAUUUUGAACUGUCUAAAUAUUGGCUCCACUAUUAAUUUUACAGCUUGAGUAGCGGUAUUGACGGUUUCAUCAUAACGGA